UAGUCGGAGCUGUUUGAAUGAAGUUGCUGCAUCGUGGAAAAACUGCCUGGUGUUGUAGCUCAGCUUUUCUCGUUUGAUAAAUCAUCAGAAAUGAGUUCAACUGAGAAUCUGAGAGAGUUUAUCGUCGAGCGACUAACUGCUGCUGCUGAAGACAUUUUUGGGGUUUUUCAGAGAACUGUCGUCGAGUACGAGGCAGAGAUCGAUCGACAGCGCACACUGCUGGAUAUCGUUUGGCAACCUCACGUCAGCGUACACAGAAAAAAUGUCCCACAGACACAUGUGAGUAAAGAGGGGGAGCAGCUCUGUAACCAGGAGAGGACCUUCAGUCUGGACCAAGAGGAGCCAGAGCCUCCACAGAUGAAGGAGGAGCAGGAGGACCUAAGUCAGGGGAGAGAGGAGCCCAUAGUAAAGCAGGAGACUGAGACAUUCAUGUUGACUCCUGCUCAUGAGGAGAGUGACCACAAUGAACCUGAGCAACAAAGUGAACAGCAUCUCCUCUCUCACAACUCCCAUGUUACAGAGAAUCAAGGCAUCCAAGGAAACGAGCAUGAAGACUCAGAAUCAAGAGAAAAUUCAGAACCAACAAAAAAUAGAAGAUGUAAGAAGAAAAGACUUCAGACAACUCAAACAUCAGAGACUGAUUGUAAUCCUCAUCAAGGUCAAACGUCUUUCAAAUGUGAUACAUGUGAUGAAGAGGUUAAGAACAAGUCAGAAUUACAGACACAUCAGUGUGUCCAUGAUGGUAAGGAGACGCACUCGUGCAAGAUUUGUGGGGAAAUUUUCAGCCACAAGUAUGAUUUGACUAAACAUAGAAGAUCCCACACAGGCGAGAGGUCUUUCCCCUGCCUUACUUGUGGGAAAAGGUUUGUUAGGGUCUCAGGCUUGAAUGUCCAUAACAGAAUUCACACAGGGGAAAAGCCUUUCACCUGUGUGACAUGUGGCAAAUCUUUUGGUGUUAAAUUUGACUUGAAAAUUCAUAUGAGAACUCACACAGGUGAGAGGCCUUUCUCCUGUGCUACCUGUGGGUCAACAUUUACCCAGAAAAGUCAUUUGACUACUCACAACAGAAUUCAUACAGGUGAAAAACCAUACUCCUGUGAAACAUGUGGCAUGUCUUUCAAAGUAAGAGAGGUAUUGAGGGUCCACAUUAGAACACACACGGGUGACAGGCCUUUCUCCUGCAGCACAUGUGGAAAAGCAUUCUUCCAGAAGAAACAUUUAAAUGCUCAUGAAAAAAUACACACAGGUGAGAAACCUUUCAGCUGUACCACCUGUGAGGCAAAAUUUGCCCAGAAAAAUCAUUUGGAUAAGCACAAAAGAGUUCAUACAGGUGAAAAACCGUUCUCUUGCAAAGAAUGCAACAGGUCUUUCACAGAUCAUGGUGUCUUAAGAAUUCACAUGAGAAGAGCUCACACAGGUGAGCGUCCAUACCUCUGUAAGACCUGUGGGAAAAGAUUUUUUGACUCAUCUGAUCGUUCACAGCACAUGAAAUUACAUGCAGGCAAGUAGCCAUGUGUACACAGAUGCGGUGGAGAUGAUGUGAUUCCAGUUGUUGCUGCAUGUCUGUAUUAAACAUAAAACAGUUUGUCAUUAAGCAGAGAUUCACGUUGCCGUACUGUGAAGAUGUGGCUCAGUUUUAACCUUUUCCAGGAUAAAUAUUUAAUUGUUUACUAAAAAUAUCUUUUCAAAGUUUUCUUUAAAACUCAAACUUUCAUUAAGCAGUCUCUCAUGUAAAGUUUUUCUUUGCAGUGUUGUCCACUAAGUGUUAUUUCAUCUGUUAAAAUUAACUUUUGCAUUUGCAUUAGUUUCUGAUCUGUUGAUGCUUCGGUAUUGAUAGAAACACAGAGCAUUGUUCUUACUGGAAGCCCAAAAUGUUUUACAUCACAGUAAGUUUGACCUUUGUGAAAUAUACACUGCCAAGAUCAAUUAUUAAGUGUUUUCCAGAAAAAUCCUUCAAAAGUUUUCUUGUAAUGUAACAAAACCACAACCA